UUGCCUCCGGGCUGUUAUAUGAACGCAAUCUGACUUUCGGGGAACUUACUCUGUGUUUGGCCUUCCUGCAGCUCAUAACAGCUCCCCAAACUAUUGAUUUCACACUUUACCAGCGUUUGACACCGCAGCGGGACUUCAUAUUGUCAGACUGUGACUGCGCUUGUUGUUUGUGGAAGAAGGGGUGGAAAGGCCCGGCACACGUCUUACUCAACGUGUUACCACUUAAUGAUGUGACACUCAUGGCUGGAUUGAGACUGAUCACUGAACAUCUUCCCUGCUGUGUUCACUAUCCUCUGGAUCAUUUCACAUCUCCGACUCUAUGUGCUCACAGUGAGCACAGUAUAAAUCACAGUCAGCAACAGGUUGGAUUGGAGUCAUCCAUCACCCUGGGAAUUUGCAAUGUGAGCUCAUGAGUAACAUUAAACCACCCUCGGCCUGUGUAGGUAGUUGUGCUGGCCUUUGCUUUUCUUUUUCAGGGCCAGUACUCGUAGAUAAUGACAUUACCUCAGUAAGCUCGACACCAGGAGAGAACUCUACCCUAUAUUCUUUAUCGAUGAUGUGGUAAAUCUUACGAUACUGAGACCGUCUGUAGUUGCGAUGGCUGCUGCUUCCUCUUUAGAGAAGAAUCAGCCCCUCGUCCAGCUCCAGGAGGUGGACUCCAGUCGAGUUGGCAGUCGCGUCCUCGCUCCGGUCCUCAGCUCCUCCUCUCCUGGCCUGUCCCUGGAAACCAGCCAACCCAUCUGCAUCGCUUCCCCUUACACCGAAUUUGGCCACGACUUCACCACUGUACCUUUCUACAGUCCAGCUAUCUUCAGUUAUGCCGGUCCGGGCAUUCCAGAUGGCUCCUCUGUCCAUCAGUCACUAAGCCCCUCCAUAUUCUGGCCCAGCCACGGCCACGUGGGGCCACCCAUACCCCUGCACCACUCCCCGGCUCAGACUCAGCACGGGCAGCCAAUCCAGAGUCCAUGGGUGGAGCUGUCGCCGCGAGACACUGUCUUUACAACUAGUAAGAGUGUGAAGAGGCGUUCUCAGGAGAGCGAGGAGGCGGUGGUGUCGUCCGGCGGCAAGGUGGACCUCCACUACUGUGCGGUGUGUAACGACCACGCCUCGGGCUACCACUACGGCGUCUGGUCGUGUGAGGGGUGUAAGGCCUUCUUCAAGAGGAGCAUCCAAGGACACAAUGACUACAUCUGCCCCGCAACCAAUCAAUGCACUAUAGACAAGAAUCGCCGUAAGAGCUGCCAGGCGUGCCGCCUUCGCAAAUGCUGCGAAGUUGGUAUGACCAAGUGUGGUAUGCGGAAGGAGCGUGGAAACUACAGGAACCCCCAGACGAGGCGAGUGACCCGUCUGUCCUCACAGGGCAGAACCAACAGACCGAAGGUGUUAAGCGGACCAGCGGUGGGUUUGUUACCCGCACCCCCCCCUCCUGCACUGACCCCAGAGCAGCUGAUUGGGCAGAUAAUGGAGGCGGAGCCGCCGGAGAUCUACCUCAUGAAGGACAUGAUGAGGCCGCUGACUGAAGCCAACGUCAUGAUGUCGCUCACCAACCUGGCUGAUAGGGAGCUGGUUCACAUGAUCAGCUGGGCCAAGAAGAUUCCAGGGUUUGUAGAGCUCAGCCUCUUGGACCAGGUGCACCUGCUGGAGUGCUGCUGGCUGGAGGUGCUGAUGAUCGGACUGAUGUGGAGGUCAGUGGACCAUCCAGGGAAACUUAUCUUCUCCCCUGACCUCGGCCUGAGCAGAGAAGAGGGGAACUGUGUCCAGGGCUUCUCGGAGAUCUUUGAUAUGCUGUUGGCUGCUACGUCCAGGGUGAGAGAACUCAAGCUCCAGAAGGAGGAGUAUAUCUGCCUCAAGGCCAUGAUCCUCCUUAACUCCAACAUGUGCCUCAGCGUGACCGAGGGCAGCGAGGAGCUGCAGAGUCGCUCCAAGCUCCUACGACUUCUGGACGCUGUGACGGACGCUCUGGUGUGGGCCAUCGCCAAAACCGGCCUCACCUUUCGCCAACAGUACACCCGCCUCGCCCACCUGCUCAUGCUGCUCUCGCACAUCCGCCAUGCCAGUAACAAAGGCAUGGACCACCUCCACUGCAUGAAAAUGAAGAACGUGGUGCCUUUGUAUGACCUGUUGCUGGAGAUGUUGGAUGCCCACAUCAUGCACAGCUCCCGUCUGCCUCGCCAGCCUCUGCAGCAGGAGUCUGGGGACCAGACGGGGAUUCCUGCUCGGCCACACAGCUCUCAUAGCGGCCCCUCAAACACCUGGACUCCCUAGCAGCACUCUGGAGGUGAACCACAGCAGUCGAAUGCAAUGAAUUGUCACCGCUUCGCACAAACUAGUUCUGACGAGACGUUUUACUGGAACAUUCUGCUGAUAGGUAGCUCAAGCUUUGACACACUGCGCACUUAUUCUAGUGAACUUUUGAAUGUUAAGACAUCACUCUGCAGACGGACCGAACUCGCAGUAUUCUGUGCCUUAUCAUCCCCACAUAUUGAUAAAAAAAAAAAAAACUGUUGUCAUAAUUUGGCCAGUAGCACCAGUUCUUGCUGUCGUUCAUGUAAUAUGACACUGCCAUGAUUCUCUUGGGUUGAGCAGCUAAUUUCAUAUCAGAUCAUAUUCAUAUAUUUUCAUUGUUCAUGUCUGGUAUUUUUCUGGACACAGAGAUGGUGUGUGUAAAUAACCAAACCAGCAAAAAAUACCCCCCAUGUUGCAGCCUAGAUUUGGGUAUUAUGAUGAUAUAUACAUAGACAAUAUGAUUAUUUGUUAUACUGCUUCUGUUGAGGUAGCUAUUUAUUUAAUAUCUCUGGGUAUGUAGGUAUAUUGGUAUUACAGGAUUUUCUUUAUCAACAUGAUGAAAUACCUUGAUUUGUCUGGUAUUUAAUUCACUGGACUAGACAAACAUUCCCAUCCAGUCAUUUAACCUAUAAGAAGAGUUUUAGAAUUCAAAAAAUGCAACUUAAUUUUUAAUGGAUUAUUUUCCCAUUUUAAAGAAAUAAUUUGACAUUUUUGUAAAUAAGCUUAGUCGCUUUCUUGCCAACAGUUCGAUGAGAAGAUUGAUACCACUCUCCCAUCUAUGUGAUAAAUAUGUUGCUGGAUCCUGCCGCAGCUUAGCUUAGCUUAGCAAAAAGACUAAAAAACUCACUAAUUAACAUGUUAGGUCGGUACAAAAACCACAACCAACGUGACAUUUUUUGGGUUUUCUGUACACGUUAAACAAACAAGAUGUUAGUGAGCUUUAGAGUUGCUGGUAACACUGCUAGGCUAACCAGCUGCUAGCUGUAUCUUCAUAAUUAACAUGCACAGAUAUGAAUGAUUUCGAUCCGCUCAUCUAACUCUUGGCAAGAAAAGCAAGCAGAUGUACUGUAGUUCCUAAAAUAAUUCCUUAAAUACAAGAUUAAAUAUCACUUGGUAGAAAACAAUAUAGUUAUUUUGUUAGCAUUUACCAUCCACAGUGCCUGUGAGAAAUACUAAUAGUUUUAUAUUUGUUAAAAUAAAUUCAAGUCCAUGUUUACUGUUCAGUACAGUAGCAGAUACCCAUCUAGCUUAGACUCUAGACAGAAACCUUCUCACUGAGGCCACUGAAUAUGGACUUUCAAUUUGAAUUACGAAUAAAUAUUUCCUCCAUAACUCAAAGACUGGAAAAGUAAUUUAGAACUGAAACCAGCCGUUUUGUCACAACAGACCUCCUGUUGACCACUAGGGGGCGCUUUACAGCACACACUCACACCUGAGCAACACUUAAUUUUCCAGAACUUCAUUUCAGAAAAAUCAUAACCACUAUUGGUCUUAAGAUACAAUUGCACUCCUAUCAAGUUUUGCUUUAAGAAAAGGAAAUUAUUUUUGUAUGUUUAGUGAUUGUUGAUUGCUGAAAGCUCCAGAAAAAGAGCUAAGACUUUUCUAGAAUGCCCACAAGUCCUCUUCUACCUCUGAGUUGUUUUUCAGUAGUUGGAUACAUAUAUAUUGGGUGUGGCUUAAUACAUACCUGUUUAAUUUAAUCCCGUAAUUAAUAUUAAAAUGGACCAGAAUAAUAUUUCAUCAUGGCCCACUAGAGUUUGAUGAGAAGAUUGGUACCACUCAUGUCUGUGUGUUAAACAUGGAGUUGAAUACUAUGAGAUUAGAUAAGCAUAAAGACUGGAAGAAGGGUGAAACAGCUAGCCUGACUCUCUCUCCAAAGUUUAAAAAUCAGCCUACCACUAAUGUAAAAAAAUCUUUUGGGGGGGAAUAGGUGUUGUAAAUAUGUAUUGGCAACAGCUGAGUGCAGUGACUGUCUGAGUCUUGUCACAGUGAGAUGAGAGACGAUUUCUACAUGUUUUACUAAGCUAAUUGCCUUCAUAUUUAAUGCAUAGUCACGAGAUGGCAUAAAUCCUCUUCUCACUGGACUCUCGGAAAGAUACAAAUAAAGAAAACAAUCAUUUACCAAAAUGAACCAUUUCUUUAAAUUUUUUGGGAUUUAAAAGGUAAUGUCACGGUUUUGGGUUAUUGAUUGUCAAAGAGAAACUUUUUGGGGUCGAUUCUUGUUCUGAUUUGACUUUUUUUAAAGGCCUCGUCACUAAACAAAGCAUAUACUGCAUGUUUAUGUCAAAGGUAUAUUUAUAUAUUCUUUUUUUUUUUUGCAAAUUGAGAAAAAAUAUGCUUUGAGUAAAUAGUUAAGACAAUCAGUGUUUACUACCAGAAGAUUUGGAGCAUAAAUUCAGCGUUUGAUGUUAUAAAUAAGCAUUAUAUAAUCACAUUCUGUACAUACACAUCAUCCUGCUAAAUCUACAGUGUUUCAACAGUGCACUGGGAGUUUGCUCACAAUCUACUUGAGACAAAUAGCAUCUAAAAAAAAAAAAAAAAA